CAUGGAGAAGAAAGUAGAAGAGCUGACUCGUCAGUUAGCGGAGGAGAAACAGACGUCGCGACGCACGGUGGCCAAACUCCAGAGAGAGAUCGCGCGACUCAAGAGUGAACGCAACUAUGCACAGCGUGGCGAGUCUCGUGAGGGUCUGAUGAGAGAGCUGGAUCGUGAGAGGAUGUUGCGAGUCGACGCCGAGCACCGACUCCAUGACAUGCGCGUCGAGAGUGACUCGUGCAGGUCGCGACUCCAGGCCCUGCAGGACGAGUUCAGAAAAAUGGAGGAGAUGGUUCGCAGUAUGCUACAGUACAAGGUGAAGAUCGACCAGCUAAAACAGGAGAAGACAAAUCUUGCGGCCACGUUUGAGGUAAACCUACAGAAGUCUCAGUCACAGAUCAGUGAACUGGAACGGGAAAACAUGAUGUUACUGAACCAAGUGAAGAAGCUGGAAUCACAGAUGAAUGGGAAGGGAGACGACCAGGACAAGUCCAAGUUGUUGCUGCAGCGGUUGAAGAUGUUGGAGGCGGAGAACUCGUCGCUGGUUCUCGAGAACGAACAGCAGCGCCAGCAGUAUGAGAAGUGCCUCGACGAAAUCGCCAACCAGGUUGUGCAGGCUCUUCUCGCUCAGAAGACCCUGCGAGAAGAAUGCAUGAAGCUGCAGACUCGUGUACACGACCUCGAACACCAGAACCGACAGCUCAACUACAUGUUCCAGCAGCGGCUGCGGUACUCGAACGAACCGGCAGUGCAGUCUCAUGCUGUUUGUAAGGCACCAGCCAAGAUUUCAGCACCUGAGGUGAAGAGUACCGACCCUGAAACAGACCCUGCUCGAACCUCACCCCCGCCAGCACCUCCCUUACACCCCCUUAUACAGCAACAAAUUAUUCUACCUCAUCAAAAUCGCCAGUCCAGUAAACAAAGGGGAGCAACUCCUGUAUAUUUAGAGAACAGCACUGAGUCUAUACAGAGUAUGUGCAGUGACUACAUGUUUGACGACAGUCCCGGCAAGCCACAGAUGAGUUCUCCGCCGCCAUGGUUGAAGGAGAAACUCGACAAGCAGACAGACGACAGACGCUCGAGUCGAUCCUCCACCGAGAGUCCUUCCAGCAUCCCCUCCUCGGCCAGCCCUGUCAGAAGCUUGUCCUCAAGUAGUACCCCGACCACAACUGUACCCCCUCCCCAGGACAGACACAGGUCAAAGAGCAGCCCGGCCCUGCAGAUAAAAAUCGAAACAGAAUUCCCAGUGAACAAUUCCAGUCCAAAGAUUAAGCAUGUGAAUGUGUCUGACAGUGGUUGUAAGUCUUUGGACAGAAGUGAGCAGCAGACGGGGAGGAAAGUGAUGAAGAGUCCAUCUCGGUUGCAUAAAAAAGUUAAAACUAUUCCCAAGAGUCCAGUAAGUGGAUCUGGAUCUCCGGUGGUUCACAGCAAGAUUCCCACCUCGUCAAAGGGUACGCCGGUCCUCUCGGCCAAUCAGGUGCCUCAGCAGAGGACAUGUGACUCUCCAAAAUCGAAUCUGUCCAAUCAGAGAAGCAGCAGUGUUACACCUACAGGAAAGCCCAUGCCUUCAGCCAGUCACAUUCCUCCACAGAGGUCAUGUGACUCUCCAAAAUCAAAUGUGUCCAAUCAGAGAAGUGGUAACAACACAGGAGGUGUAGGAGUAGGAAGUCCUCGAGCAUCUUCCAGGGGGAUUCCCGUUCUCUCGGCGAAUGCGCUUCCCAGACAGAGAUCGUGCGAGUCUCCUAGGGAACCCGUCUGUAAUGGAGUCCGCCGCCGGUCUUGUGACACCACACCGGAAAACCGGAUCUCUGGUCCCAAACACAGCACCCCGUACGACGCAGCGAAACUGAGGCAGAGUCAUGGGGCAAGGGAAGGCUCUCCAAGACGGGACGGCACCCAUCCUGCGAGUCACGCGAAACAGAGCCCUCCGUUCCACAGUCAGUAUUACUACGACUACAGCGACGAAGACAGUGACUGCCGUCCCGUGAAUCCUGACUGCGACACGGAAUCAACGAUGUCGCUAAACGAACUCCUCGACAACAGCAUGGAUGGUGACCUUCAGCUAGAUGACGACUUCCUCUCCGAUUGGUCACCGAUCUGCCUCUCGCCGACCAACCAGAAUGCGGAGUAUCCUCUAAACAUGACCCCACAGGGUAUGUUCUUCAACAUGACCGGAGGAAAACCCGUCCCGAUAAUCCAGAGUAAGUCGGGUCCAUAUGCGACCAUCAUCGUUAAAGAAGGGAGAUCAUCGGUCGUCGACGAGGCUUACGGUCUCGCUGGGUGUCGUCCGCUGAGACCGGAUAAUUUAAUUCUCGCACCGAGAGACAAGCACUUCACGUCCUGUGGGUUUUCGUCCAGUUCUUCAAGUGCCGAAGAGGCCAAGUCGUUUUUGUCAUCGGCACAGACAGACAUUCUUGAAACCUGUGUGGAAAAUUCAAACGGCGAAGUAAACUCUGAGAAAAGUUGUGUCAAUUCAAAACUUUCGAAUUCGGAAAAAAGUGGGGAGAAUUCAAGAACUUUAAACUCUGAAAAAAGUUUGGGAAAUUCAAAAAUUUUAAAUGUUGAGAAAACAAGUGAAAAUUCGAAACCUUUAAACAGUGAAAAAAGCAUUGGAAAUUCAAUGGUUUUAAAUGGUGAAAAAAGCAUUGAAAACUCAAAGGUUUUAAUCAGUGAAAAAAGCAUUGAAAAUUCAACGAUGUUAAACAGUGAAACAGGCAUUGAAAAAUCAAGGGUUUUAAACAGUGAAAAAAGCAUUGAAAAUUCAGGUGUUUUAAACAGUAAAAAAAGUUGUGAAAAUUCAAAAAAGUUGGAAACACCUAUAAAUGACGAGAAUUCUUUAGCUGGUACAUUCAGUAUUGAUGCCAAUUCUCAGCAGUGCAGUGUUUCCCCCUCUGACCAUUCCCCGAAAGAAAAUCUCCCCAAAACAUCCACACCUAUUAGCGAACAUGAAAGUGAAAGUAAGACAAAAAUGGGUUUAUCCAAAAUACCGCUGAUGAGUCCAACGAGUCCUAAAAAGGCUCCUCCCCCAAUUCCGAAGAAACCAAAGUUUCAAAAGAACGUGCCCCAGCUGAAACUAGAAUCUCCAACAAACAAGAGAAACGUGCAGAGUCUUCAGUCGAAAAUCCCGCCCCCAGGAAUUAAAUCAUCCGGAAGCUCAUCGAAUCCUUCUUCUCCAGUCAGUAAAACAUCCUCUCCUGCCACCAGUCCCAAAUCAGCAUUAGCAGUUGGUGAAAAACAGUCUUGUUCUGUUGAUCGGGACCAAAGUGAAAGUGAAAGUAGUCGACAGAACGUGACAUGCGCCAUCAAGCUCGGUCCUUUAAAAGGGUCGGAGAAAGUCAAUGGGUUAGUCCUUGACAAACACGGCUUGCCUUAUUUGUGCGAAAACCUUACAGUGGAGAGGCAGAGGGAUCUGGCGGCGUUUCUCGUUCAGGACGUCAUCGAACGGGUGAAGAAUCAGGACGCGACCAUCUACCAACCGAAAUGUCAGCCGCUGGGUUCAGACACCGGCUUCGACAGUGUUCGCGUUGAGAGGUCCGGCAGCAAGGACGACGGCUAUUCGACGAUGUCCAGCGAUAUCCAACCAGAGGCUCUGAAGGAGUUUGCAGACCCUGUGUCCAAGGCUGAGGACGGCAUCAUCACUGAUUUGGAGAAACUGGCCGAAUCGGCGCUGAGUAAAGUGAAAGGACAGCUGCAAGACUUCUCCAGUGACCCCGACUCAGCGAUGGAGAAUUCCACGCACAGCUGUGAAAUGCGGACAUCCUCUCACAGCCUGUCUUCUCAGGUGUCUUCUUCCAGCGGAGAAGGAAUCUUAAGUCCUGGACACAAGGUUCAGAAUAUGAAGAAGUUCUUUGAAGAUGCUGCUAAGAACACGUCUCGUUCCGAACAACAGCAGCAAGGCGACCGGUCUCCGAUAGUCUCGCCACAGAGUCCGAUCACACACUGUCACAGCGAACUGGGGAAAAUCUCCAAAAUACCGAUCUUCCAACACGGCGUGCCACUUUCUACCACAGCAACCACUCAGGACAGUACAGAGUGUUCGAGAAUUCCAGCUUCAGAGAAACCUAUGCAAAACCGAACUAUACAACCUAGUGCCAAAGGAAGUGAUCCCAAAGGAGCUUCCUCCACUCAGGACAGAAAUAUUUUUCAAAGUGAUCCACAAGGAAAAGCCUCUACUCAGGUGAGAAACAUUUUUGACUUGAGGAAGGACAACUCCAGUUUAUCGGAGGGGAGCUGUAAUUCCAGUGAGGACGACAUCAGCCUCAACGACGGAUCUGUCCCUGCGACGGACAUCUUCUACCAGGACGUGUCUUCUUCAUCAUCUGGUUCAUCAUCAUCAUCAUCAUCAUCAUCAUCAAGGGAUGAUUCCGGUCUGGGCCACAUGAUGUCUCUUCACAUAAGCGAGGAGAAGAUCCUCGAAGACAUCCCUGAAGACGAUGAGUGGGAGAUCUUGCACAACAAGAAUGUCCAGGAACACUUCCACAACCAGUACGACCUGCACCACAACCCCACCGGCGUGCACUUCAUCGUCAAGGAUGGCGUCUCCAUGGAAACAGUUCGCCCUCUGUCGGCGGCAUCAUCAGCGUCAGCGUCGGUCAGUUCCAUCACUCUGACUCUCUCCUCUCCGACACCACCGGCCUCCGUCGUGCCUUCUAUGUGCCUUGUCAAGGCCAGGUCGGAGACGGAGUUGUCUUCCCUCCGUCACCCGCGAACUACCUCAAAAUACGAAGACUUCCUCGACGGUAACUGGGACAGCGGGAAGGUGCCCGAACGGUCGGCGUCCGUCUCCGAGAUGGAUGUCCGCGAGCCGGCCGAGACCGAUCUGUUGAGAGCCUUUCGACGCACAGUCGUCCGGAUAAGUGUCGACGAGGAUGCAGUCUUGUGCAGAGUGCAGAGUAUUAUCAACAGACUGUACACCUCACAGACAUGUUUGUCGACGGAUAAUGACACGAGUGGAGAAAUGAUUCCGUCGGUGGAUUUCCUCGACAAGUGGAAACAGAAAGACAAGGUUCCAUACAACCUCCCAAUGUGGAAUCCAAAGGAAACCAUGGAAAUGCUUCUUAAAAAUUCCACGCCGUCUCCGGUUUCUGUGACUAAAUUUAAUUCUGCGAAUGCCGAGGAUUGGUUGUUACAGUUUUCUAAGGAGGACAUCGACCGACACUUGAGCAAUACUCGGGCUACAGACCCCACUCUUCCGCACGACGGAAACGCCGAAAAUAUACCAAAGAGUCUAGCAAAUAAAUUCAAUGAAUGCGAAAUGGCAAGACAAGGUAACUGUUAUGAAUCUGUUUCGUCAAAUCGGGCGACGGGUGAUUCUGACACCAGUGGAUUCGGCAGUCAGCUGAAUGACGGUUGCUCAGAUCAGGGAAUGAACGUUCAGGGUGAGGCUGGGGAUGAGUUGGCUGCCGACAAAUGCUGUCAGUCGCCAAGCGAGCAACAAACGCGAUUCAACAGUCGAUUCUACAGCCUGUGUCCCGUCGGGCCCGACUCCAAGUCCAGCCUGUUUUCAAAUGGGAGUCGCGACUGUGACAUGAACAAACUGUUUCCUGUGGAUACAGCAGCAGUGGGAAACGUUAAGUGCCUCCACACUCCGUCAACAGAUUCCUUAGAGAUGAAUGAGUGCGGAGCGAUUCCUUCCAGAAAUUCCUUCGAGUCGAAAGAAUGCGGAACAGUUCCUUCCACGGAUUCCUUUGAGUCGAAAGAGUUUGAAACAAUUUCCCGUCAGAUUGCUGACCUCUCCAAAACUGUCACAGACCUACAUCACAGCCUCUCUAGCUUAAAUUCCGACGUCGGCUCCACAGAUGAUUUACACAAUUACCUGCCCUGUUCCUUGGCAACACACUCAAACAGCGUGUUAGACGGAUACCACUGGGAGGAGGACGAGAUUUUCAUGACUUCCUGCGGAGGGGAAGUAAUCAUCGGGAAUAGCGAGAUGCUCACGACCGGCUGUUCCGAUUGGCUGAACGAGUCGAUGGAAGAAAAUGGUGCUACGUGUUUCCUGGACUCCGGUUCAGGCGGAGAUAUUCACGAACAGUUCUAUGAGAUCCAGGUGAACGGGACGUCGUGCUCGAGCGGACACUUUUCUGGUGAAGUGAAUUCCUCCCUCGACAGAACGAGAACGGAUAUGGGCAGUGGUGGCUAUCGCUUGGUGGAAAAGAGGGCGUGCUUCUUCAGAGAAAAACGGGCCAGUUUGAAUGACGGUUGCCUGGAAGAUCCUGUGACACGUGCCAACAUGCUCGAUUCGAUGCUUGCAUCUGGCGGUGAGAGCAACGAUAGUCUGGCCAGCGAUAUUGGACUUGAUCACAUGAUGUGUCAGAGACUGACAGGCAGCUCCGGUAAACCAGAUGCCAUUCACAAUUCUACCUCAGGACAGCUUCCGUUGGAUUUUUCCAAAUUUUUUAUUCGUUACGGAGAACAGGAACAACAGGCAGUUGCAGCUUUUGAUUUCCUCGACGAAUUUUCCGCUUCCAAUUCUGAGUGUACAUCUCCGCAGCAGUUUGGACAUCUCGACAACAAGAAAGAGGCGGCAGAGGCCGAAUCGCCCCCAUCGACCGUCUGUCCGUCUGUGUGUGUUCUCGACUGUCGUAUUGAUGCGAGCGGACGGGUGAGAAAAAUCGACAAAAACCGGCGGAAAAAGCGUGCGGAUGAACGUAAGGAACAAAAACAGCGAGAGAACAACACAAAGAGUCACAUACCGAGAUACAGCUGUGACCAACGCAAUUCUUGUCACAACAUUUCGUCCGAUUCGGCAGAAUUUCUUCCAGGGGAGGGUCUUUCGUUGAGUGACUCAUGUCACGAAAGUUUUAGUUCGUCAAGUCCGACUUUCAACAGUGUGACUAUGCUUUAAACAAAAAUGGCUGGAUAUAGUUUCAUUGUUUAUAGUUGUGUUGUGCUUCUCACUGCAAUUUUUCAUUGAGUUUAAAAGGCAUUGCGAAAUGUUUCAUUGGAGAAGCCUAAAGUGUAUCUCGUUUAUUUAAAUAUCUCGUUUAUUUUCUCGAAUUUCUGUUCAGCUAACUCGGGGUCGAAAUUGGCUUACAUUUUUUGCCACAUGUUUAUGUCCGGCAAGCAACGAAGUCUACCGGCCCAAAUCAAAACUUGCAGGACCAAACACUAUUGACUUAAAAUAAUGUGUGAAAGAAUUUUGGGCAUUUUAAGCGACAUAUGUUGCCUGACCGGUUAAUUUCAAGCCCUGAAUAGACAUUGGACGUACAGUCUACAUCUUGAAUAGACAUUGGAUGCACACUAUAUGUACAUUGUGGAAAAAACAACAAAAAUAUUUAUACAUACCUGUAUUUAUUUCUUCGAUUUCUGUAUUGUAUUUAAAUAUCUUGUUUCUUACAUCGUAUAAUUUAUUGUAAUAUUGUACAAUGAAUUGAAAGACUAUAUACAGUUUUGAUCUGGUAUAAAUAUCAAUCAAUUGUGGACAAGGGUGCUAUAAUUUCAAUAUGGAUGCAGUCGUUCUAGAUUUUAAAUAUUUACUGUAUUUUACCUAAUAAGUGCUUCUUUAAAAAAAAGAAGAAAAACACAUUAAUUUUGUUAUAUAUUUUUUUAAUACAUGUAUCAGUGUGUACAUGUGUAUUUCCUUUCAAUUGAUUAUCAUCAGACAUUUAAACUCAGGACUGUUCCUAUAAAGAAUAACAUGUAUACAAAAUAAACUAGUUGGUUGUAAAGUGGAGGUGGGUGUAAUGUGGAGGUGGGUGUAAUAUGGAGGGGUGUAAGGCAACCCCUUUCAAUUUAGAAAAUGACUACGGCAAAAAACUUGCCGUGAAUUUUUGUUCUCGUAAUUUUAGAGAAAAUAGGGUAGUCCACUGUAAAAAAAAAACACCCUAAAAUUGCCAUAAGUCCCUGGUAAUCUGUAUAAGAUUGUCGAUUGCCGUGGACAGUUGCUGGGGUUGUGAGAUGAAUUGAAUCAGAUCUCCCCGUGAGAACAGUUGAGGGGAGUGAUUGAUUUGCCCCCUAACAUUGAUUAUAGGGAGUCAUUUAAGAUAGUACCUUUCUGAGCAUUGAUAUUUAAUCCUUUUACAAUAACGUUUUUAAGAUUCUCAUUCUAAGUAUCUAAGCAGGCCCGUAGGAGCCAGGGGUGGGGUGGGGUGGGUUGUGGUGGAGUGGGGUGUGGCUGUCCCUCUCCCCUCCCUAUAAAAAUAAAGGUAAAAAUAUGGCUUGUCUCUCCCCCCCCCCCCCCACACACACACACUAUAGAGACCACCACCCCACUUGACAAUGAAAAUUUAAAUGUUUUUGGUCCAACUUCAUAUAAAUAAAGUUUAAAAUAUGACUUGUACUCUAUUUUUGUGUGUCCAGCUUUAUACAAAUAAAGGUAAAAAUAUGGCUGGUCCCCCCCCCCCCCCCCCACACACACACACACCCCCACUAUAGGGGCUGUGGCUCCCUACUCAAGGAUGAAAAUGUUUGUUUUUUUGUGCAACUUUAUAUAAAUAAAGGUAAAAAUAUGACUUGUUCCCCUUUCACUAUAGAAGCUGUGACCCCUCACUAGAAGUUGUGCCUCCCCCACCUCACCCCACCCUACAAAAUAUUGUUAUGACUGGCCUGCUAAGGGGAGCUAAAAGUAACUCAUCUUGAACUAUAGUCCGUCCCAUCAUUCUAUUAAAAUAUUUUUUAUAAAUAAUUUCAGUUUUGUUUGACGCAAGAAGAAAAGUAAAGGUGUUUUGGAAAUAACAAAAAGGUACUAUUUUUGUGUCCAAUUUAGAAAACAACCAGCUCAAAAAUAAAUAACUUGUAAAUUCUGUAGCAUGAAAAAAGGCGUUUCCAUGGGACGGACUAUAGACUCAGGGGAGUGUUAGGGAGUGGAAACGAUGGCACCCCUUAACAGCGAGAUCUGUUCAUUCCAAGAUUACAGACAUCAUGUGGCCUUUUUUAGUUUUGCAGGUAUAUGAAAUAUGACUGGGCACUUUGUAUGUUUACAAAUAAGUGCAUUUAAUUGUGGCAGCUACUGUGUUAAUGCAAAAUAUUGCUCGGAAAUUACCCGAGUUAUAAGCAAUAAGUUAGCAGAAAUUUUAUUUCUGUGUCUUGUUUCCAGUAUGCAGAACAUAACUCAAUGAUAAAACCAACUACCAGACCAUAGAUGGUUUCUGGAAGUUGGUAAUUACAGUAUAUAACUCAACAAUAAAAUCAACUACCAGACCUUAGAUGGUUUCUAGAAGUUGGUAAUUACAGUUGGUGCCUCAACAAUAAAGUCAACUACCAGACCAUAUUUGGUAAUUACAGUUUGUGCCUCAACAAUAAAACCAACUGGCAGACCAUAGUUGGUGUCUGGAAGUUGGUAAUUACAGUUGGUGCCUUGACAAUAAAAUCAAUGACCAGACCAUACUUGUUGUUAAUUACAGUUUGUGCCUCGACAAUAAAAUCAACUAGCAAACCAUAGAUGGUUCUGGAAGUUGAGGACUUGAACUUAAUGACAGCACCACCGACAAUUUUCUUGUGAAUUGUUCCUGCGAAUAUAUUUCUCUUAUGGUAGUUGAUGUUAUUGCUGAUUAGCGUACUGUAACAUUAUUUUGUAUUUAUGAAACCUGGAGAAUGAAAACCCGCAUCUGUUACAAAGUCUCACACCUUUCGAAUAUUUCGGACUAUUUUGCCAAGUUAGUCAACAUAGGCUCUACUAAUUUGUAGUCUAUUUUAACAUCAUCAUGCACAAUAGGGAAGUUUUAUUUUAGUUCCAUUGUGUAAGUAGUUUUAUUGCUGAGACUGAGUAUUGCAGAGUAAAGUGUUUUAAAAAUGUCUAUGUUGGAAAUAGUUUUAUUAUUGAGAUAGUGUUUUUAACUACCCCAGCUGAACACAGCUGUAGAUGGUGAAUUAUUAUGUAAUAAAGACAAGACAAUGUAUAGUACAGGCCACAACAGAAAAGUCAACCAACCACCCACAGAAGGUUCUUUAAAAUGUUUUUAACUACCCCAGCUGAACACAGCUGUAGAUGGUGAAUUAUUAUAUAAUAAAGACAAUACAAUAUACAGUACAGGACACAACACAACAGAAAAGUUAACCAAUCACCCAUAGAUAGUUUCUUAAAAAUGUUUUUAACUACCCCAGCUGAACACAGCUGUAGAUGGUGAAUUAUUAUAUAAUAAAGACAAUACAAUAUACAGUACAGGACACAACACAACAGAAAAGUCAACCAACCACCCAUAGAUGGUUUCUUAAAGUGUUCUUCUUUUUUUAACUACUCCCAGUUGAACACGGCUGUAGAUGAUGGGUUCUUAUGUUGUUGACUAGCAAACCAUGGUCGGUUUCUGAAAGUGGACGUACCACCGGGUGAACAGACCAGCUGUAGAUGACACACGUGACACAUUAGCAGUUGCCACAGCUGAACACAUCUAACAACAUUUAGACUUUAUUCUGGUCAAACUCUCCACACUGGCAGUCAGUGAAACACAACUGGAUUCUUAUGUAAUAUAGACAAUACAAUGUACAGUGCAGGACACAACUAAAUAGUUGUUGUUUAUUUGGUAAAUACCACCAGAUGAACACACUAACUACAUGAAGUUCACUUUAUUUUGGUCAAACCCUCCACACAAGCAGUUAGUGAAACAGACCGGAGACCAUCUAGCUGACCACCUAUGUCUAGUUGACUUUAAGGUUGGUUUGUGUACUGUAUGUAUACAGUCAGUGAAACAGACUGGAGACCAUCUAGCUGACCACCUGUAUCUAGUUGACUUUAUUAUUUUUUGUGUACUGUAUGUAUACCGUCGGUGAAAACAGACUGGAAACCAACUAGCUGACCACCCAUGUGUAGUUGACUUUAUUGUUUGUUUGUGUACUGUAUGUAUACAGUCGGUGAAACCAGAUUGGAGACCAGCUAGCUGACCACCCAUGUCUAGUUGACUUUAUCGUUGGUUUGUGUACUGUAUGUAUACAGUCGGUGAAAACAGACUGGAGACCAACUAGCUGACCACCCAUGUCUAGUUGACUUUAUCGUUGGUUUGUGUACUGUAUGUAUACAGUCAGUGAAAACAGACUGGAGACCAACUAGCUGACCACCCAUGUCUAGUUGACUUUGUUGUUGGUUUAUAUACUCUACAUGCGUAUAAUUGCUGAUGUGUAUUUUUCCUUAUUAUUAUUAUUAUUAUUAUAUUUAUUUUUUUGUGUGUGGGUGGGGUCUGUUUUUGUUUUUUUAUAAACUAUAUAAGGGAGGAAACUCUUAUUAUUUUUCUGUGGUCUUUUUCCAAUCUUCAUUUUCGACAGUUCUGUAAUAAAAUAUUUGUUAUUUUCCUUCAAAGCAAUAAUGCUUGUCAAUAAUGCCAAUAAUUAUAUGCAGACAUGCAAACACUAUUUGUUUGUUUUGUUUUAAAAGAUGACAGUAUAUUUGUAAACCUUAUACUUUUAUACUUUAUAAGGUAUUGAUGUCUAUUUUUAGCGAUCCAUGGAUUUUUAUCUCAAAGACAUUUUUAAUUCUGUAAUUUUGACUACAUAUUCAGCAUGAUGGUUUUAUGACGUUUAUUUGGGACCAGGUUUUUUUUGUCCCCAUUUUGCUGCUAGAAUGUGUUUUUAUCUUAUGCUUGCAAAGCUUUACAACGAAACUAAGGACUGUUCCCAAGAUCAUAUCAGGGGUGGUGGCUGUCAAUCUCAGUACCCACUACCUAUGUAACAAAUGAAUAUUGACAUUAUUGAAUAUAAACAUAUCCCAGGCACGGUGGAAGCAAGUAGACAUUGUAAGUUCUGACGGAGAUCGCAGGUACAAAGCAGAGUGCACUGGCUGAAACAUGAAAGAGCGUAAUGGGCCCACCAAUAGGGAUCGAUCCAAGACCGACCGCGUAUCAAGCGAACGCUUUACCACUGGGUUACGUCCUGCCCCUACUGCAUAUGGAGUUCAUUAAAUACUUAACACUACAUACACGCAUGCCCUCCUCACCCUGUGGUGAUUUCCGGAACUGUCCUAAAGCAAUCUGACCAAUGACAUUUGUUAUCAAAGCUUGCACAUCUUUAUACAAAGAUCACUGGGACUUCAUCUUGUAUACAGAUUUGGUUUUGCCACUUUAAUUUUCAACAACAUAUAUGUGACUAGUUUCAAAAAUUGAUUGUCGUGUGCAGGUCCACAACAUCGAGCACUCAGGCCUGUAGGAACAAUAUUGGGGGUGGGGGGGGGGGGGGGGGCACAAUCUCAAGUAGAGGGGUCACAGCCUCUAGUGAGAGGGGCUGAACAAGCUAAAUCUUAAUCCCCUUCAUGCUAAGAAGCACAUACGGGUGGAACCAGAGAUCGCCACUGCUUCCUGUCCUUCUCCAGCAGCCCCCGGCUCAGACUGCCCUCUCGGAUUUCCUUCUCUACUGUCCUCCAUUUUUAUGUCGGUCUUCCUCGUUUCCUUUUUCCAGGAGGGUUCCAUCGGAGUACCGCUCUUGGUAGAGCUUUUUGAGGCAUUUUGGUCACACGGCCAAUCCAGCGCCAUCUUCGGCACUUGAUCUCCGAUACCAAUGAUUCUGUGGAGGGUUUUUUUAUGGAGUUCUUCAUUGGUUAUGAUGUUGGGCCAGAAGAUAUUCAGAAUCCUGCGAAAGCACCGAUUUUGAAAGACCUCCAACUUCUGACCGAUCGUCUUGGUCAUUUUCCAGGAUUAUGCUCCAUACAGUAGAGUGUUUUUAAAAAGGCGUACCUUUGUCUUCAAACUAAUCUUCCUUGCUUUCCAAAUGUUUCAGAGUGAUGCAAAUGUCUGGCUUGCCUUGGAGAUUCUUGAGUUAAGCUAUAUAUUUGCCUUUAUUUAUAUAGAGUGACAAACAACAUACUUUUUGUCCUUCAGUUUGGGGGGGGGGGGGGGGGGGG